AUGGUGCGAAAGCCCAUCCGUGAUAUCUGGAUUUUGCCUUCGCUAAUGCAUGCAUAUGAGUAGAUGGGAGGAGUGGACCAAUUUCACCUUCAUGACAGUCCGUUUUCGGACAAGGCAGUCAGUGUCACUCCGAUAUCAUUCUCUUGUAUUGAGGAGGCUAAAUACAUUUUUGAGGUACUCAAUCACGUCUUUCUCCCUUUUUAUUGACUAUCUAAGUAUCUUGAAAACUGAAUGGCAAUUUUGGUGUCCCAAAUGGCCUCUCUCCACAAAAGAAAGUGCUAAAGUUUUGUAGUAUGGAGUUGGUCUAUUUAGAAGCCAUUGUGCAGCUCAGGGUUCCGAUCAUUCCAUGCCCGCUUCCGGUAUUGAUGGCCGCAUGGCCGACUUCUCAAUUCUCCUGUCAAACUUCUCGCAUGCUCUAGAAGAUUUCAAGAAAUCGAAAGGACCGUCCAUUACCCCCAAAGAACAGACUGCCAUGGAUAUUCUACGCCUUCAUGUUUUAAGCGCCAAAGUAGCCUUGAAUUUUGAACUACUGCCUCCAGAUAAGAGAUCCACCGAGUGUACUGGCUUUCUGCCCGAAGUCAGAGAAAUUCUAGACCUUGGCGAGAAAAUCAUUGAUUCUAAUUCAGCAAGCUAUAUUCUUGGAGGAACUGCCACUUCUUUUUGCUUGGAUAUGGGUUAUAUCAUUCCGAUAUAUACGGUGGCUAGCCAUUGGCAAGAUGCUACUAUUCGCCGGAGAGCCAUCGCCAUUCUCCGCUCAUUACCACGACAGGAGGGGAUCUGGAAUAGUAUUUUGGUUGCGAAGGCCGCGGAGAGGAUUAUGGAACUUGAAGGGAAUGCUUCAGGUGGCUUUAAGGCUUUUAUGGAAUGCCCGAAUCAAACUAGCACUCAGCCGUUUCUUGAAAUUGAUGCGAGAGGGGGCCGACUGCAGUAUACUCAAGGUGAGAAGGGGUCCGAGAAAGAAAUCAAGGUGGUUGAGAAGAUAUUUACUUGGUAGAAGAUAGUCAGUCAUGAAAGAAUUUAGAGCCACCAGAUAAUUUGCAGAAUGUAAGAAACAUGUCCAUGA